ACACAUAAACACAAAGGCACACAGCGUACGUGUUUACCUCCAUCCUUGCUUACCAGCAGCAGCAGGAGAUGGCGGAGCACCAGGACGCCGUCAUUAGCCAUUUCUCCCAUCCAGGCCACGAGCUCGUGAAGCGCCACCACAGUGGGCCGUUCCGCUGCGAUAUGUGCUGGGAGGACCUCUCCGGCACUGCAUACAGCUGCAGUGCCGGCUGCGACUUCUGCAUCCAUGAGUCUUGCGCCGGUCACUCGCAGACCUUCUCCUCGCCGGAGCUCCACAUGCACCCGCUCGUGCUCGUCCAGACCCGUCGCGACGCAACCGUCUCGUGCGACGUCUGCUGUGGGCGAUGCGUCCCUGGCUCCUUCCUCUACCGCUGUCCACCAUGCGGGUUCGAUAUGCACCCGGCCUGCGUGCGGCUGCCCCAAGUCGUGCGCAGCGUGCGGGACCCUACGCACGACCUCACACUGGUCGUCGCCGACGGCCGCUGUGCCGCGUGCGACGCCGGCGCGGGGCACGCAUCGUACUACCGCUGCACGGCGUGCAACGUCGACUACCACAUCUCGUGUGCAGCCACCACCGGCGACAACAACAGCGCUCAAGCUCAACAAGACCUUGAGGCUCGGAUUGUACGCUCAAGGAUUCAAGAGCAGACUAGGAACGCCAUCUUGGACCUGUGGAGCCCUUCCUAUACGGUACGGAGGGAGUACUUCUAGAUGUGAUACUACUGACACAUCUUCUUGGCAAGCUUACAUGAAUAAAGUGCUUCAACAUUUCGUCACCAAAUUGUGUGUGUUUAUGUUCACCAUUUCACAUGUGUGUUUGUUUUCACUCUCAAAUCACAUGUUUUUAAUACUGUAUGCAGUGUGCAUCUUCCUCUUUUUUUGAGGGACACAAAUUUGUUUCAUUUG